GGAGGGGAAGCCGGAGGAGGAGGCGGAAGAAGCGCUGUCUGAAGGGGGAGGAGGGAGGGAGGAAAAGAGGAGGAGGAGGUGGAGGAGAACUGAGCGGAGCAUCGAGCCAGAGGGGAGAUGAGUUUGUCUGUCCUCGGCUAAGGCUCCGGCCCGGCCUGAGGAACUGGGAGCUCGGGUUGGAGCGACACCAGUGGAAGUGGGAGGCGGCGGCUCUGGGACUUUAACCCCUUGUGGGUUCUGCGGCAGGGGAUUUAACCCUUUGUGGAUUCGGCCCCUCCGAGGCAGCGUCAUCGGGUAGUUUUAACCCUUUCGGGGUUGGGUUUAACCCAUUGGACUUAAACCUCAUCUCCUUGCCCACCAACUCCUCGACUGUGGGAGCAUUCGGCGGGGAGGCGUGAAGCCCACUCCUCUGCAUAUUACGUAGGGUUCCUGCAGCUGAACCCUCUGGACCUACUGGCCACGCUGUGUGCGCUUAACCCUUUAUUGACUGUAUUCCAAGUUGCGAUUGGAGUUUGCUGACAGGACGGACGAAGGCGUCAUUGCAGAAAUUACUGACCGAAGAGGACUUUGUUGGACAUAUUUUGAAAAGAAAGAAAAACCUUUUUCCUUAAGCUAGAAUUUCUCAAACUUCCAGAAGAGGACUCUACAAAGCCAUGGCCGAGCCACUCUUGUCAGAACAUCAACACCAGCCUCAAACUAGCAACUGUACAGGUGCUGCUGUUGUCCAUGAGGAGCAGAACUCUGAGCGCCCCCCAAGCGCGGAGGAACGGGUGCCCAAGGAGGACAGUAGGUGGCAAUCGAGAGCGUCCUUGCAGUCGGGUAGCCGUCCAUGGCAGGAGGGAGAAGGGGGCCUGAAGGACCAGCUGCCCCCAUUGCAGACGAAUGCCUGUCCAGAAUUGAGCUCCCUGGAAAAGGGCGAGAAGGGGCAGAAUGGGGAGGACUUAUCCACUGGUGGUGCCUCCCCGUCGGCGGAGGGGGAGCUGAUGUCAGAGUCCCUCGUGGAGCCAGGUCAUGACUCGGAGGCCACCAAUCUGGAGGCUCCUGCCGCUGGAGGCGAGGAGCCAUGGGGACAGCAACAGAGACAGCUGGGGAAGAAAAAACAUCGGAGACGCCCCUCCAAGAAGAAGCGGCAUUGGAAGCCCUACUACAAGCUGACUUGGGAGGAGAAGAAAAAGUUCGACGAGAAGCAGAGCCUGCGAGCUUCGCGGGUUCGAGCCGAGAUGUUCGCCAAGGGCCAGCCGGUUGCGCCCUAUAACACCACGCAGUUCCUCAUGGAUGACCACGAUCAGGAGGAGCCCGAUCUCAAAACUGGUCUUUACCCCAAGCGGGCAGCCGCCAAAUCGGACGACACCAGCGAUGAGGAUUUUGUGGAAGAAGCUGGAGAGGAAGACGGGGGUAGCGAUGGCAUGGGAGGGGACGGCAGCGAGUUUCUGCAACGGGACUUCUCGGAGACAUACGAGCGGUACCACGCCGAGAGCCUGCAGAACAUGAGCAAGCAGGAGCUCAUCAAAGAGUACCUGGAGCUGGAGAAGUGCCUCUCCCGCAAGGAGGACGAAAAUAACCGACUGCGGCUGGAAAGCAAGCGGCUGGGUGGUGUCGACGCGCGAGUGCGGGAGCUUGAGCUAGAGCUGGACCGGCUGCGCGCCGAGAACCUCCAGCUGCUGACCGAGAACGAACUGCACCGGCAGCAGGAGCGAGCGCCUCUUUCCAAGUUCGGCGACUAGACUGAAAACUUUUGGGGGAGGGGGCAAAGGGGACUUUUUACAGUGCUGGAAUGUAACAUUAUAUACAUGUGUAUAUAAGACAGCGGACCUUUUUAUGACACAUAAUCAGAAGAGAAAAUCGCCCCGGCUUUGGUUUGGUAAAUUUAGCUAUGAUGUUGGCUUGUGUGCUUUCUCCUGUUCUUUAAUUAUGUGAAACUGAAGGGUUGCUUUUCUUGUUUUCCUCCUUAGAUGUUGUUUCUUAAUGUGCAAGUAAUUUGACCAAGUUAUAAUGCAUUUUUCGGUUUAAAAAAAAACCCCCCUCCUUAAGCGGAGCUAUAAGGUGGCCAAAUCUGAGAACCAUUACAUUCAUUCUAGUUAUAAUAAAUUUAAUGUUUGUAAACGUAA